CCUACUCAACUAGAAGUCCACAGCACCUUUACAAAUCCUACAACCUAACUAAUUAAAAUUGUUUUUUUAGUCCACCAGCAACUUGUCAGCUCCAGCUGUACUGUCAAGCUGUUGAAUUAACACAUUCCAAAGCCGUUAAGCCAAUACUCCAUGAUAAAGAGUGGGGGAGCGUUUGCAGAAAGCACCAGGUAAUUUUUCAGAACGCGUUUUAGAAGUUGUGGCGCAAACAUGUUUCUGAUCAAUCAAGAUUCAAUCAAAGCAUCGCAAUCACAAACUUCCCAUAAAUUUUCCUCAAAAGAAACGGAUUUAAACGACGAUUUCCAAGAACCUGCAUUUUCCAGCGGAAUUUGCUGCUCUUUGUGGAGCAUACCGUAUUUCUGCUGCCGCCCAUCGGACCGCGCCGCCGUAUGGGAGCGGCUUCAAACGGCGGAGAAAGGAAGAGAAACGGCGCAGGUGAGUAGUUGGUGGAGAAAAGGUAUAAAAGCAAUCAACAAAACGAGGGAAUGGUCGGAGCUAGUGGCUGGUCCGAAGUGGAAGACAUUUAUUCGCCGGUUCAACAAGACCGGGUCCAAGCCCGGGAAAUUCCGCUACGACCCUUCUAGUUACGCUUUGAAUUUCGACGACGGACUGGAGCAAGACGGUCAAUUAGAAGAGGAUAAGAUGUACCGAAAUUUCUCGUCGAGAUAUGCGGGUAAAGCGGACAGGGAUGCGUUGCCCCUCAAAUGAGGAGGCAGGGGCGAGUUGAAGAAUGGUGGUGGGUCGACUCGGCGGGUAAUUGACGGCGGACGUGCUGUGGUCAGAUGAGUGAUUGGGUGGUUUGACUCUUUUGAAAUUGGUCGGAUAAUUAAUGAUUAGGAUUCUAGAAGAAGGUCAACUUGGUCUGUCAUAUGCUUGGAACCUUCCACAACCUGAUAGUUGAAAGUGCACUCUCGGCUAACAGAUAAAUUGAGUUUUAAGCCUUCGGAGCUGGUACUCUUCUUCUCAAUUCCGACUAGCAUGUCUUUGAUAAAUUUUUCAUAUGACUGAUUAUUAAAAAAAUAAUUACUAUG